GCUUUUCUUGUGCCGUUGCACUGCUGAUAUUUUUAGGGGUGUGUUUGGGAAAGAAACCUGUCCAUCUCGUCGCAACUGAAUUCCCCAUUCCUAUCAACAAACAGCAGCUGCUCCCUUCAGAAGUCACACACACACACACACAGCGUCAGCGAUGCAAAGAACAGCAGCACACGUCUGGACUUGCGUGCUUUUCAUGUGGUUUCUUAAAAAGACAGAUGGAAAAACUCAAGAUGUGCAUAUAACCUGUCAGUACUCUGAGGACUGCGUCCUUCCCUGCAGCUUUACCCCCUCAGGCGGGGAGGAGAUCCGCUGGUUCAGACAGGACGUCCUCAUUUACAGUCAUCCACAGAGCACAAACUGGCACGACAGGCUUUUUAUGGACAGGACGUCUAUUUCAGCACGUGAGCUGUCGCUUGGAAAUGCGUCACUCGUCCUACAGCGCUCUGUCCUGAGCGACAGGGGGCGCUACAGGUGUCAAGUGACGAAGGGUGAAAAAACAGACGAGUACUUUGUCAUACUUAAAGUGGAAGCUCCUAUCCGCUCAGUGAAUCUGGAGAUCACUCGUCUGAGUGGUUAUGAGGAGGUCAAGUGCUCCACGUGCGAUGUUUACCCCGCUCCUCACGUCUCCUGGUCCACCGAUCCGCCCACGCCGAUAGAGAAACUCAAAUACACGACAAGAAAAAUGGCCGACAAACAGGGGCUGUACAUCAUGGAGAGUAAACUGAAGAGGCUGGGACAGCGUAGUGACCUCACCUACAUCUGUACCGUUAACUCGUCCUCUGCUGCUCAGACGUGGACCGCAUCACUGACCGAGACAGUUCACAACAACGUCACAGUCACAUCGAAGUUGUACUCGUUCUCCACCUGGACUGAAAUAACCUCAGCUGAAGGUCAGGACAUCACCAUCCCCUGCAGAAGCCCCUGGAACCUGCAGAACUUUACACUGACCUGGUCCUUCACCAGAGCAAACACGUCCACUGUCAUCUGCACUUACGACAGCAAGACGCAGCUGAUCUCCAACCACUGGAACGGCACGGCGUGGCUCGAACCCCAGCGCAUACAGGAAGGCGACGGAUCCCUGCGACUGCGCGGCGUCCACAGCCUGGAACACAUGGGAAUGUACACCUGUAACAUCUCAGCGCUCCAGAAGAGCCACGUUGGACAAACCAGGGUCGACAUUACUUCAUUACGUUCUGAAAAUGAGAAUCUGAGCAUGAAAAGCUCCAGACCAUGGUGGAUUCCUCUAGUUGUUGUCAUCGCUCUAAUUCUCAUCAUUGCAGCCAUUAUAGUAGGAAUAGUGAAAUUACAAAAUAAGUUCUCACAAACCAAACCCUCAGGAACAGCCAGAUAUUCCAAGGAGGUGAAAGUUACUGUAAACAAGAGUGAAGAAAUAACAGAAGGAAGUCAUUUGACGUCUGAUCAAAGCAAAGAGCACACGUGAGGAGGACUUCAUCAUCGUGUCUUCUGCAUUUCCACAAAAACGUCAGAGAAAAGAUGAACAGAGAGCAGAACCUGAGCUGCAUGUGGACAAUCUCUGCUGAUUAUAAUCACAACGAUGGAUUUUUAACUUUAAUUUGAGAUUAUGAGGCUGAUUUUUUCUCUCAUUUUGCACAGAAAUCUGUGAGAAGUGAUGCUGCAGUGUGUUUUGGUCACAGCAGAGUUUCUAAAGUAAAACAAAUAAAUAAAUAAAAUUAAAAAAACAAAAAACAAAAAGCUUUUCAGAAAUGUGCUGAGUGACAUGAACAUUACAGCAGUUACAGUGCUGCCAAAAAAACACUGAAGUGACAAAGCAUUUUUAUAAACAAUAAUAAAAGAAAAAAUAGAGCAAAAACUUUUUAUAUAUAAUUUUAUGGGUUUUUUAAAUUUUAUAAUAUUUAUAUUUUAUAUAUAAAAACUAUAUUUAAAGCUACAUUUUUAUUUAUAUUUAUAUUCAUUUUCUGCAUUUUUAUUUUUAGAGCAAGAAAAACUGCUUGCUCUAUUUUAUUUUUGUAUUUUCUAGAGCAAAAAGAGUUUAUAUUUAAAUAUAUUUUUAUUUAUAAAAUAUAUAGUUAUGUUUUAUUUUUAUUUUACACCAACAAAAGUUUCUGUUUAUAUAUAUAUAUAUAUACACUCCUGAAUAAAAUCUUAAGACCAGGGAAAAUCUUACAAGUAUUCACACUUUGCACUGGUGGAUCGUAACCAGGCUGUAAGUACUUCUUCAAAAUGCCAAAAGAAGAAACAAGAGCAACAGACAAAAAAUAGAGACUAGGCAAUUUAUUAAAAACUGCAUUUAAACUCAAACAGGCUGGUCAUCAGCUGAUCAAAAGUUUAAGACCAUAGCCUUUAAAAGUUAAAAUCUGUGCAAAAAUAUGGCUUUAAUGUCAUAGUGUCACACUGUCAUGAUCUCCUGAUGGCAAAAGCAAAAAGGCUUUCUGUUUUUGAACGUGGCAGGAUUGUUGAGCUGCACAAGCAAGGGCUCUCGCAACGCGCCAUUGCUGCCGGGGUUGGACGCAGUAAGACGGUUAUUUUAAAUUUCAUAAAAGAUCCUGAGAGUUAUGGGACAAAAAAAUGAAGUGGUAGACCCAAAAAAAGUUCACCUGCACUGAGCCGGAGGAUCCGACGGGCUGUCCGUGAAGACACAGGCCGAUCCUCCACCCAGAUUAAGGCCCUUACUGAUGCUGACUGCAGCCCAGUAACCAUAGGACAGCAUCUGCGAGAGAAGGGCUUAAAGAACAAAAAACGUCUUCGAAAGCCACGUCUCCUCCCACAGCACAAACUUGCCCGUUUGGAAUUGGCAAAGGAGCACCAAACAUGGGACAUUGAAAGAUGGAGGAAAGUUUUAUUCUCGGACGAGAAAAAUUUGACCUGGAUGGUCCUGAUGGCUUCCAACGAUACUGGCAUGACAAGGAGAUCCCACUGCAGAUGUUUUCUACACGGCACUGUGGAGGAGGCUCCAUCAUGAUCUGGGGUGCUUUUUCCUUCAAUGGGAAGAUGGAGCUUCAGGUUGUGCAGGGGCGUCAGACGGCGGCUGGCUCUGUGGACAUGUUGCAGCAGGCAUCCCUCUUGACUGAAGGCCCUCGUCUGUGUGGUAAUGACUGGGUCUUUCAACAGGACAACGCUGCAGUUCACAACGCCCGCCUGAUGAAGGACUUCUUCCAGGACAAUAACGUUGCACUUCUGGACCAUCCUGCGUGUUCCCCUGAUCUAAAUCCCCUUGAGAAUGUUUGGGGAUGGAUGGCAAGGGAAGUUUACAAAAACGGACAUCAGUUCCAGACUGUGGAUGCCCUUCGUGAAGCCAUCUUCACCACAUAUAUAUAUAUAUAUAUAUAUAUAUAUAUAUAUAUAUAUGCAAAUUUAAAUAUUAACUUUUAUUAUAUUAUAUUAUAUGGAUGUCAUAAAUUCAUAGGUGUAAUAGCUUUGGGAUACCACAGGGGGGCGGUGUAACAUUAUUCACAUACAUAUAUAUAUAUAUACACACACACACACACACACACACACACACACACACACACACACAUUGCAUUGUUGGAAUAAUGGCAGUGAAUUUUUUAUUCGCUCACAACAAGUCAUUUUGUCCUCUAUGUGUUUGGUUAGGGGAUUUAAAAAAAAAAAAAAAAAAAAGCACUUUGUUACUAUGCAUUUUCUGAAAAGUUGAACUUUUUUCAUCUUUCUGAACUUCACUGUGACCAAAAAACCCACUUUUUUAAAAGCAGUCACUUUCUGGAGGAUUACAGAUUAAACUGGUGGUUUAACGCAUGAAAGAACAGGAAAUUAGCCUUAAGCAAUUAAAGUGCAGUCAUACCUGAGACGAAAUACAAUCUGUUUAAAUAAAUCUGGCUUUAUGCCACACACACACACACCCACACACACACACACACAGCUUCUUUAACUACCUUAAACGCAAAGCAUGUUACUCAGUAAGUGCAGGUGAAUCAUAUGUAACUCAUUAAUUACAGAAGAUGUGUCAUCAAAUUCCACUUACAGUAACCUCUCCCUGUGGAUAGAAAUAAAGGCAGGAUGUAUUUCAGGUGUGUCAAAUGUUUUAGUGAAGUUUCUCUGGUUCGUUUGUUUAGACUUGCAGCUGCUCUGUUCAUUUCUGUUCAUUAAACAACAGCAUCAGUACAUUACACUCAAAUAAGAUAACAGUAGAUAAAUGCUUUCCGUUUAAAUAGACACUUGUGGUUUAUGCAAAAGAUUUUCCAAUUUUUUUUUUGGACAUUUUCCAUCAAACACUUUAACACCUUCAUAAUUUGUAAAAUAA